UAUUGGCAUGGAUGGUAAACCGGGUCUUCCUGGGCCAAAAGGAAGUCAGGGGCCAGCUGGACCAAAGGGAGAUAAGGGUGAUCAAGGAGAGAUUGGGCCUAGGAUGGUCUUUCCUCGUUAUGAUCAUGGCUACAUCUCUGCAGACCAGCCCACUUUCCAGAGACGUAUGCUAAAGGGUGACCAAGGUCAGGCUGGUCCCCCAGGUCCACCUGGCCCACCUGGGCCCCCAGGUCCAAGAGGUCCUCCUGGGAAUACAGGAAAGGAUGGACCCCGAGGUCCCACUGGAGAACCAGGUGCACCUGGGCAAGAAGGCAUUGAGGGACCUAGAGGUUUACCAGGGGAUCCGGGUGAAGAUGGUCAAGCAGGUCAUCCAGGCCCACCUGGACCUCUUGGUUCAAAGGGACAAGCAGGUGAUCCAGGACUAAAGGGUGACAGAGGCAUGGAUGGCCUUCCUGGUCUUAAAGGAGAUAAAGGAGAAAUUGGAGAAAGAGGACCUCAGGGAGAAAUGGGUCUUCCUGGGGAGAAAGGUGCACCUGGCUCAAGUGACACAAUCACCUUCAAUGACAAACUUAUAGAUGCUUUUCGGGCAAUCCACACCAUCAGUGUCUCGGGACCACCGGGGCCUCCUGGACCCCCAGGCCUCUCUGGAAAUGAUGGUGCAAAGGGAGAACUAGGCUUGCCUGGACCUGCUGGAAUUGAUGGCGAGAAGGGAGAAAAGGGAGACAGUGGUGAGCCAGGCGAGCCUGGAGAAAGAGGAGAGAAAGGAGAGAUGGGACUCUCAGGUCCAGCUGGAAUGGAUGGACCGAAAGGCGAGAAAGGAGAUAGCAGGCUAGAGGAUAACCUUGUGCAGAUGAUUUCUCAGCCAGGACCACCAGGUCCCAGAGGACCUCCAGGUUUUAUGGGUCAUGCUGGCAUGCCUGGUUCAAAGGGUGAUCGGGGAGAAAGUAUUAAAGGAGAAAAGGGGAACAGUGGGGCCCCAGGUGUGCCGGGUAUCCAGGGCCCUCAAGGGCCUUUAGGCCCAGCAGGUUUGGUUGGCCUUCCAGGUACCAAGGGUGAAAAAGGAAAGCCGGGAGAACCUGGAUUAGACGGGUAUCCUGGCCAUACGGGAGAAAAGGGAGACAUGGGCAUAAAAGGAGAAAAAGGUGAACGUGGCACUGUAGGAAAAAGAGGACUAAAAGGGCAGAAAGGGGAACAAGGUCCACCUGGAUUAGACCAGCCCUGUCCUGUGGGUUCUGCGGAUUGUAAAGGCCAGGCAGGCCAGACAGGGGAAAGAGGGCAGCCUGACACUGAGGUUCCCUGUCGGCUGGGACCAGACGGGCUUCCAAUACCAGGAUGUUGGCACAAGGACGAAGGGACAGUCCAGAGAAUCAAACGGAAGCGCCUCUCCCAGCCGUGAAAAUGAGAUGGAGAACUGGUGUAUUUGUCACAACAGACACUGAAGUCUGGCAACAUGUACUGCAAUAGUAGGGCAUGCAGGGGGGCACAAUGUUUCUUAUCUCUCUUCUCCAGUGAGACUGUUUGGCGAUAGCUAAUCCGAAGCUGGUAAAGACUGAAAGACCAGAAAUCGGCUUUUUAAAGCAAGCUGAGUGUUGGUAAAGUGUCAAAAGUGUUUGGCAUUAGUGUUAUUGAAGAGCUAACUGAUAUGGAAUAUCAUUUUUUGAUUUACUAAUGUUAACAUUUGGUAUUUUUUUCUUCCGAUGAUCAACGUCAUAGUCUGCAGGAAAUUACCCUCUGAUUAUUUUUGCUGCUGGUGCUGCAUUGUUGGGUUUGUGUUGGUUUAAAUAUUGUAUUUUGUAUUUUAUGUACACUUCUACGAGAUUGUAUUAUAUUUUCUUAACAUUUUAUCUGAUAGUUAUUGUUGAGUGACGACCAUGUUUGAUUUAACGUCACGCUCAAGCUGUUUUGUGCUGUUGUUGUAUUGUAUGUGCUGACUGCAUUUUGAAGGAAAAGAUGUUUUGGUCACUUUGUUGGAUGUGACUUACUCCAUCACAUGUCAAACGUAUCAACUGCUUGGCUCCUAUUAUAGAACAAUUAUACCUGUUGAGUUAAUGCCCAUAAUAAGCGCAUUUACAAAAUAUAUGAUUUUGGCAAUAGGGUUACAUUAAUGUUAGUAAAGUGAUCAUUAAAACUUUCCAGUAGUGAGGUAAAAGCAUCUUUUGAAAUGAUGUCUGGCAGUAAAAAGUUAGGUGUGAAGGAAAUCCUGAAGCCUGCACAGAGCCCUGACUGUUGUUAAAUCAAGGUCCAGGGUCACUCUCACAAACAGCAGGUCAUUAUAUUUUCUUUAUGUACAUUGUAUAUAUUUUACUUAAUUAUGCUCUGUAUUUUCUGUACUUUUGCUGUAAAAUAUUUUAGCUUAUCCCCACUCUAUACUAGUAUAGUUUGAGUCUUUACAGUGGUAAAUACUUUCUAAAUAGGCUACAUCCUUCUUUUCGAGCUGCACCUCAAAUCACAUAAUGUAUCCCAAAAUAUAGAAGAAAAGUAGUAAAGGGGAACACUGCAUGAUCAGUGGCUGAUAAGAGGUCAAUAUGUGAUUUAUUAGUUGGCAACAAAACAUCUUUUAAAUCCAGAAUUUAUAACUCCAUAUAAUUGGAUGUGUGCUUGAAAAAUGCACAUAUCUGUGAGUGAUCGACUGCUUAAUACAGUGUAUAAUCAGUGUACAGAACUGAUCAUGUACAGUCUUCAGGCUGCUCACAAAGACAGCGGUCAUUCUUUCAGUCAGCAAGCUAGAAGGCUGGGUUCUAAACUGGACUUUAUUCACUAUACAAUGUACUCAUAAAAUUAAACUUUACCACCGAUGGAUGAGUAAUCAAACAGACUAUUUAGUACAUGGUGUGAUGGUUGGGACACAUUUGGCCCUAAUAUUGCUAGUUCAGGAACAAUUUUCAUGUUGUUAAUUGUGUGACAUACUGAUAUAAUCUUUCUGCUUCAAAUAUUUAUUUAUUUAUUAAUUCCUCCCUUUUUCCCCUCAACCAAGUUGUAUCCAAUUUCAUAUUACAACCACCAAUCCUCCACCAAAACCUUUACAAUUUGCUGAUGCAGCCCCCUUUCCCCAACAAGAUAGGCUGCAGACUACAACACAUGCACAGCCAAUGACCACUUCUUACAUUGGCAACUUGGUGGUGGCGGGGCUUGAACCGGCAACCUUCUGUUUACUAGUCCAGUACCUUAACCACUGAGCUAUCACUGGCCCCCGAGCUAUCACUUCUUGACACCUGCAAGAGGCGGGAUCUCACAGAGUGCAAUAUUAAGUGUAGAGCCAGGUGGUGCCAUCCACGAUAAACCGCCUGUUGAGCAAGUGCCUUGAUCAGCCAGUGCAGCAGCAAUGAAGAAUCCCUGCUCAACCAUUCCACCACCCCCUACAGACACAGCUAAUAGUGUCUGGUUAGGCACCCAUGCCAGUCGAUAGCAAAGCUGAGAUUUGAACUGGGAAUGCAGUAGUGAUGUGCUAGCAUAUUAGAUUGCUGCGCCACCUGAGCUAUCCUUUCUUUUUAUGCCCAUUUUUAGUUUGUAAUUUACGCAUUUUCUUUCUAUUUAUUUAUGCAUGUUUCUCCCAAUUUCUCCCGAUUUUGCGUAGUCAAUCUGUCUACCGCUGCUUGGGAUCCCCGAUUGCAUUCGAGGAUGGUAUGAUGCUGCUCAUUUUUGCCUCCCAUCAUCAAAAUAGUUGUUUACUUGUCAGUUAUGCUUUUCUAACCUCAAGUUACUACUUACUACUGUUUGUAAGUAAAAUAUAGUAAUGAAAUCAAUGGUGAACUAAUUAAACACACUUAUAUUGUAGUUAUAGUUUCAAAAGAGCUAUUCAUGUGCUAUUUGAACACACUUAAUAUAUUUAGAGCAUCUAGCAGAUAGUUUUGUCCCAAGCAUCUUACAUUCAAAACCAAAUAGAAUUUAAGCAACUGAGGGUUAAGGUCCUUGCUUGUCAGCAGUCACAACUUGCAGUAGUAGGGCUCAGGAAUCAGGUAUCUUCUGAUUACUAGUCCAGUAACUCUGAGCUAAACCCUGACUGCUGUUAGGUAUUUAGGUAUCCUGAAUCCUUAGCUCUAUUGUCUGAUCUUACGCUGGUGCAGUGGCCUCUGGGUUUCUCCUGGUGCAGGACAAUGCCCAGCCUCAUGUGAACAGAGUGCAUAGGCAGUUCCUGGAUGACAAAGACAUUGACUGGCCCUUAGGUUCCCCAGACCUGAAUCCAACUGAAAACCUCUGGAAUGUUAUGUAUCAGUGCAUCUAAUGCUGCUCAGUAGUGACACAGACUGUCCAGUAGUUCACUGAUGCAGUGAUCUAGGUCUGAUCCCUCAGAAUGCCGUCUGCUGUCUCAUGAGAAGCAUACGGGCACGUGGGAGCCAUACAUGCUACUUAGUCACAUUAUAAGUUGUAGUGAUGAACUUCAUGCAAAUUGGAUAUGUGAUUAAAAUGUAUACUUUAAUUUUUGGUGUGAUUUUGAAUUCAGGUCUAACUGGGUUGAUUCAUGUUCAGUUUCCAAUGAUUGUUAUGUCAUUUUUUCCUCAAGAAAUCCUACAAUUUAUAUCAGUAAGGAUUUUAAACUUAAAUCUAAGAUCCAAAAGUGUGAUUUAAGUGACAUUUAUUUUUUGAACAGUGUAUAUCAUUGUAUCUGAAUCUUAACAUACAGUACAUAAUACAGUUGUACCAUGAAUGGCUUAUUAGUACUCUCAUGUUAAAAUAUAUACAUUACAGUUCUAAAAGGUACAUUUUAAUAUAUUCAUUUACAUCUGUGUACAAUGGCAUGCUGUUCAGAUGAGCAUUUGGAGUGGAAAUCUAAUGAUUAAAUUAUUUUGUGUGCAUGUAAACAAACUCUGAUCCUUAGAGAAUCAAGUUUGAUUUGAAAGAAUAAAGGAAAUUGUAGCAUAUAUAUGCAGCAUAUAUAAGAAGUCACAUUACCAUUAUUCACACUGACAUUAGAGCCUCUGCUCUACACAGACAAUGUACUAUAGAGUUCCGUCAUAUGUUACAUCAGUAAUUUAAGAGUGUAGACAAAGCUAUUUUUUGUAUUUAGCAGUUGUGUUUGUCAAAAACUGAGCUUUUCAUAUAAAAUGCUUUUAAUUACUACUUACUGUGAAAGCUUGUUUUUUGGAUGAAAUGUAUUUUUAUAGUAUUAUUGGAGAAAUGUUACUGCUGAACUGGGAUUUGUAUUAACAUUAUUAUUUCUAUAAGGGAAAAAAACGCUUCCUUAUCAGCUGCUUGCCAUCAGGUCAGCUUCUUUUAAUAAACAUGUUUUUAUACAAUAAAUGUAAAGUUUGUUUAAAGUAUUUGUUCGCUUUUGUGUAAUGCUCUUUCUGAUGGUUAAUUGAAUAAAGGUAUUACACAGUAAUUGUUCAGUAUUUUCUAAAUUAAACUGUUAUGUAUUUGGUCUGUUAGUAAAUUCUAUGCAUUCUGUGUGCAAGUUUAGGAUUGAAUUGCUCUGUAAAACUGUUCAUUCUUAAUGCGGAGUAAAAAC